CGAGUUCGAAGGCGGUUAUUCGAUCAGAUGUUCAAUGCUACAGCAUCGAAAAAGUACCAGACGCUAGAGGCCAAAGCCACAAGACAGCUCCUCAAAAAACUUGUAACCAACCCGGAUGAAUUCUCCGACCAUCUUCGACACCAUGCCGCGACAAUCAUACUGUCAAUUGCCUACGGAAUCGAAGUUCUACCAGAAAACGACCCUCUCGUUGCGCUUGCAGAAGAGGGCGUGCGUGCAAUCGUACUGGCUGCAAGGCCUGGUGCAUAUCUAGUUGAAUCAUUCCCAUUGCUCAAAUACGUGCCGGAGCUACUUGGAAACGAGAUGUCAACAACUGGUGUUUAUUGGGCUCAGCAGGGUGCCAUUUGGCUGAGUCUCGUGCAGACGAACGGCAUUAUAUCUCCGUCUUUCACUUCAUUCUGCUUCCAGGAAUUUCAAGCGACCCAUGAUCCCGCGUACCGCGAGUCGCUUGUUCGAGAUGUAGCGGGAUCGAUUUAUGCAGCUGGUUCUGAUACGACGGUUUCCACGUUGAACACGUUUUUCCUAGCAAUGCUAGUUAACCCAGAGGCCCAAGCAAAAGCGCAACAGGAAAUCGAUCGAGUCAUUUCCGCGGGACAUCUUCCCGAUUUCCCGGACCAUGAUUCUUUACCGUACGUUGCUGCGAUUGUGAAGGAGACUCUUCGGUGGCAGAAUGUUCUUCCUAUGGGCGUUCUCCACUCCGUGGAUAAAGAAGACGUUUAUAAAGGCUACCGAAUACCUGCAAACUCUGUUAUUGUCACAAAUAUAUGGGCGAUGUUGCAUGACGAGAACGUAUACCCGGAACCAUUUUCUUUUAAGCCUGAAAGGUUCCUCACAUCGGAGGGUCAACUCGAUCCGGACGUUCAAGAUCCUGCUCAAGCUGUCUUUGGUUUCGGUAAACGGAACUGCCCCGGGCGGCACAUGGCAUAUUCUUCUGUGUGGAGCGUCAUUUCUUCAGUUCUAACGGUCUUCACGAUCUCAAAAGCCCUCAAUCCGGAUGGUACCGUCAAUGAACCGACGUACGAAUACGUCUCUGCCUUGGUUUGUCAUCCUGCUCCCUUCAAGUGUUUGAUUAAACCAAGGUGGAGAGAUUCGUCCGAGAUUUAA